AUGGGGAUCUUCAAUACAGAUAAGACGAGAGUGUACAACUGGUAUAUCUCGCUCGUCGCAGCAUCAUGUAUGGUGCUAUAUGGAUAUGAUGCCUCUGUAUAUAAUUCCGUACAAGGCUCAAAGAACUGGGUAGCUUACUUCAACGAUCCAGAUACCGAAAAGAUUGGUGCUGUCAAUACUGCCUACACUGUCGGUGCUAUUAUCGCUGGAUUCUUUCUCGGUGGCCCAGUAGCAGAUUGGCUUGGUAGAAAAUGGGGUAUGGCAAUUGGUUGCUUCGUGACUAUUGUCGCUACUUUCAUCCAAACGUUUUCUCCUCGAGGCCAACUUGGAUGUUUUAUCGCUGGUCGUGUCAUUAUUGGUCUUGGUCAAGGUGUUGCAUUGACGGCGGGACCUGUGUACAUUGGUGAACUUGCACCACCUGAAAUUAGAGGAAAGAUCAUGGCCUUUUGGCAAUUAUUCUAUUCAGUCGGUUCAUUCAUUGCUUAUUGGAUCAACUUCGCUUGUCAAAAACAUGUCAAGACGCUUGGAGAAUGGGACUGGAAAAUGGUUGUCAUCUUCCAAAUGCUCGUCCCCAUCAUAAUCCUCACCCUCCUCCCCUUCAUCCCCGAAAGUCCCCGUUGGUACAUCCAACACGGUGGACGUGUCGAAGAUGCCCGCGCCGCCCUCCGUCGCGUACGUGCCACAGAACAAGACGUCGAAGACGAAAUCCUCGUGAUCCGCGAGGCCCUCGAGUUCGAAAAAGAAGCCAUUUCCUCCUCCUAUUCUGCGCUCUGGAAAGAUCGCUCGGUCCGAAAACGUUUGAUCCUAGCUUUCAUUUUGAACAUCGGCCAACAACUUACCGGACAAGGAACACUGAAUACAUACAGUACUGCGAUUUAUAAAAAGGUUUUCCCUGAUGCUAGCACGAUUGCCUUGAUUAAUGCGUUGAAUGCUACUUUUGGAAUUCUCUUCACCCUGAAUGCUGUGUGGACUGUUGAUCGCUUCGGACGUAAAUUUCUUCUUAUUGUGGGUGCGAUCGGUAUGUCGCUUUGUAUGUUGAUCGUCUCGCUCGUGGGAACCCUAACCCCGAAUACUGGAGUCCAUGGAGAUUCAAAAUCACAUCCUGUGGCCAUCUCGAUUGUGUUCCUACUGUUCCUCUUUAUCUUGUUCUAUAAACCCAGUUGGGGUGCUACGGUGUGGAUUUGGACCGCAGAAGUCUUCAGUAUGAAUGUCAGAGCCCAGGCGGUGGGUAUGUCGAGUCAGAUGCAGAACGUAGCAAACUCCAUUUUCCAACAAUUCUUCCCCACCUUCUUGAAGAACCAAGGCUUUAAAACAUUCUACUUCUUCUUCAGCAUUAACAUCUUCCUCGCGCUGUACGUCUGGUUCCUGGUCCCCGAAACGAAAAAGGUAUCGCUCGAAGAAAUUGACGUGUUGUUCGGUGGUUCCAACCAUGUCGAGAAAGGUGGCAAUCUGCUGCACGUACAUGAUGCGCAUCAUGCUUCGCUGGGCGACAAUGUAGCGACGGGAGGUGCGGUGGAGAUGGGGGGUGUGAGUAAGGGGGGAGAGAUAAAAGAGGAGGAGAUCAGAGGGGUGAGAUAG